AUGAUUUUGGUGUACGGCAACGCGGAUUCAACGAAGACGAAGAGUAGAAGAAGAACGAGGAGGAAACGUACAUCAGGUGCGGCACAAAGGGGACAAAAACUGGCGGCUCAACCGCCAGCAGCGGUCCCGUCUGCGUUGCCGCCCUCACCACGACCCGUGAAGCCAGCACAGCCGGAAGCGACUCAGCAACCGUCACAGCUGGAUGUUACGACGCCGCUACUGGAUCCAGCUAUCUGCGAGACUCCACGGCCAGCGUCGCCUGUUCCAACUCGUCGUCCGUUCGCGUCGAGGCCCCCACCCCCGGGUGACUCCGCUGUGACGACUUUGGAUGUUGGUGCUGCCAAGCGGAAGGCCGUCACUCCCACGAGUGACCAGCCAGCCAAGGCCGGCCUUCCGCAACCGUUAGGGACAGGGACGCCGCCUGGAGUCUCGCCCUCACGAACGGGGGACUUCAAGCGGGAAACUUCAAGAAGUUCGCCGAUGGCAGCGAGGUCGCUCUCCACGCCAUGA